AUGCCAAAUCCAGGAAUGAAAUAUGUACUUUUAGACAACUGGAUGAUGAAGCAGCUGCUGAGAAAAUGCCCUCACCAUGGCAUUCCGUACUGUAUACAGCUAGAGACAUUUUACAACGGUUUAAAUGUCGUUGCUAGACAAAUGCUUGAUGCUACUGCAGGCGGAGCUUUCACAGCUUGUACCUAUAAUGAAGGUUUUGACAUACUUGAAAAGAUUUCUAAUAAUAACGGACAAUGGUCUGACCCACGUGCAAUGCCACUGAAGAAAACAACUGGAAUGAAUGAGGUAGAUGUUGUCUCGGCAUUAACAGCUCAGAUCACUAAGCUAAUUUCAAAUUUAACAUCUAGCCCGCAUAUGCAAUCUGAUGCUAAUACCUUUAAUCCUAAUGUUCAAUCUGUGCAAUGCGUGUACAGUGGUGAAGGUCACUCUUUUGAGCAUUGUCCUAGAAAUCCUGAACAUGUAAAUUAUGUCAACAAGACUGGACCAUUUUCACAGACUUAUAAUCCGGGAUGGCGAAAUCAUCCAAAUUUUUCGUGGCAUAGUCCAGCUCUUAACCCAUCAAUGCAAAAGCCACAAGGACAGUCCAAUUUUCAACUGCAAGAACAGUCCAAUUUUCAACAAGAAGGCCAAUCUAAUUUUCACUCACAAGCGCAUCAAGGCAAUCAUAAUAAUCAACAUGCUAAUUUUCAAAAUCAUCAGUCUUCUUUUCAAAGCAAGCCCAAACAGCAAGCUGAGUCAUCUACUUCCUUGGAAGCAAUGAUGAAGGGUUUUAUAACCCAAAAUCAAGCUUCAAUUAAAAAUCUCAAAACUCAAAUGGGACAAAUGGCUUUGGAGAUUAGAAAAAGACCAGUAGGUUCUCUACCUAGUGAUACAAAGAUACCUCAGAGGGAAGGAAAAGAGCACGUUAAGGAAGAUUUUAAGGAAUUAGAAACACCCCAAGACUCUGCUACUUUUGAAGUUUUAGAAUCUGAGGAUAGGAAAACUCUUGUUCCUUCCUUAGAUGUUGCCCCAAAUUUAGAGUUAAAACAACUUUCCUCACAGUUGAAAUAUGCCUUUUUAAGAGAUUCAGGGAAGUUGCCAGUCAUUAUCUCAUCAUCAUUAGAAGCUAACCAAGAAGAAAAAUUGGUUGACAUGUUGAAACUUCGUACCAAGGCCAUAGGAUGGACCAUUGCUGACCUGAAGGGGAUAAGUCCCACCAUUUGUCAACAUAAAAUUAUUUUGGAAGACAAAAGUUUCACCUCCGUUGAGCCUCAAAGAAGACUCAAUCCUGUCAUGAAUGAGGUUGUCAAAAAAGAGAUUUUAAAAUGGCUUGACGCUGGCAUAAUUUAUCCUAUUGCUAGUAGUACUUGUGUCACUCCUGUGCAAUGUGUACCCAAAAAGGGUGGAGUCACUGUUGUACCAAAUGAGAAGAAUGAACUUAUACCUACUAGAACAGUAAUUGGUUGGAGGAUAUGUAUGGAUUAUAGAAGGCCUAAUAAAGCCACUCAAAAAGACCAUUUUCCAUUACCCUUCAUAGACCAAAUGUUAGACAGACUAGCAGAAAAAGAGUUUUAUUAUUUCUUAGAUGGCUACUCCGGUUACAAUCAGAUUUCCAUAGCACCGGAUGAUCAGGAAAAGACUACUUUCACAUGUCCAUAUGGAACUUUUGCUUUUAGAAGAAUGCCUUUUGGACUUUGUAAUGCCCCUGCCACUUUCCAAAGGUGUAUGAUGUCUAUUUUCUCAGAUAUGUUAGAACACUCCAUGGAAAUUUUCAUGGAUGAUUUUUCAGUUUAUGGGACAUCAUAUGACCUGUGUUUGCAAAACCUUGAAAAAAGUCUUCAAAGAUGUGAAGAAACAGAUUUGGUUUUCAACUGGGAAAAAUGUCACUUUAUGAUAAAAGAAGGUAUAGUGUUAGGGCAUUUAAUUUCCAAAAGAGGCAUUGAAGUUGACAAAGCAAAGUUAGAGGUAAUUGAGAAGUUGCCUGAACCAACAACCGUAAAGGGGAUCAGAAGUUUUUUAGGACAUACAGGUUUUUAUAGGAGGUUCAUUAAAGACUUUUCA